AUGAAGCUGCAGCCAGAUGUUGUACAGGACCUUAUCAGUGGAGUUGAGCGUAAGGUGCGAGUCGAGCAUUCGGUUAUGAUCCUAUCCAUUGUUGUUCUUUUGAUAACAAUAGUUGAAGGCACCUUACCCAGACCGAAUUUCUACAACUUGGAUCUUGAAAACCACGAAUAUUUCAAAUAUCCCGGACGGCUUACAAAGUACGGAUUGCGUCCGGGCAAUACAGAUCCUUCAUUUGCUCAGCGAGCAAAGGCCGUCUACGGCUACUUUCGCAAUGUCUUGCUCGGUCAUCCCAUUCAGAAGAAUACCUACAACAUCCCGGUGGAUCCCAAGCGAGGACUUCAGCUGCGAGCAGCCUACCAGCGACAGUUCGGUUAUCGGGGGCAAAACCUGGUUGCCCUGAUCGGUAAUGGACACACGCCGCAAGAAUUGCGGUACUACGGCGCUAUCGGCAGGGACUUCGGUUAUUAG